GAAGCAAACUAGCGCCAAGCUCAAGCUCCCGAUAGAGUUUUUUCUACCCCCUCUUCGAAAGGAAAUGAUUUUGAUCCAUGAAAUACCAAAAUCUCCCUUCCUAUGUAUCUAAUUUUACACCUCCAUGGCCAUCGCUCUGUCCUCCUCCAUUCUCAAGCACAAAACCAAAACGACAGCGCUUCAAGUCUCCGGCUUCCGAGUUUUCGCCUCCAAACAGAAGCAAAACUGCAGAUUUCCCAAAAGUUCUGUCAAAGAAAUGCUCCGGGGGUUUGGGAGCUGUCCAGCCACGUGACAGCUGGUGGAGCCUCCGUGAUAUCGAAGCUCCAAAAUCCUCAUCGGAGAAGCCUGUUACUGUUUGGAUAGCUCUUACUCGAAUGUGGAGCUUGAUCGGAGACGAUAAGUGGAUCAUCUUUCUCGCUAUCGGUGCUUUGAGUAUAGCUGCUGUUUCGGAGAUUUCGAUGCCUAGGAUAUUGGCGGCGUCGGUUUUUUCUGCUAACAGCGGCGAGUCCGCAGCGUUUUUUAGAAGCUCGAGGGUGUUGAUAUUAUUGUUAAUUGUUUCAGGAAUUUGCAGUGGCUUGCGAAGUGGAUGCUUUGCCAUAGCAAAUACGAUCUUGGUUAAGCGUCUUAGGGGAAGCUUAUUUGCAUCUCUUAUUUUUCAGGAUAUAUCCUUUUUUGACACAGAAAUGGUUGGUAGCUUGACAAGUAGGCUUGGAGCAGAUUGUCAGCGACUCUCUCAUGUUAUUGGGAAUGAUAUUCAUCUGAUAAUCCGCAAUGUCAUUCAGGGAACAGGUGCAUUGAUAAAUUUACUGUCUUUAUCUUGGCCUCUCACAUUACCAACUUUGGUGAUAUGUUCUGUUCUGGCUAUAAUAUUUUCUUUUUAUGGCCGGUACCAAAAGAGAGCUGCAAUGUUUGCGCAAGAGUUCAAUGCCUGUGCCAACAAUGUUGCACAAGAAACACUUUCUUUGAUGAGAACUGUCCGAGCUUAUGGAACAGAAGGAGAAGAACUUGGAAGGUACAAGCAGUGGCUGGAUGAACUAGGUUUUGUAAGCAUUCGGGAGAGUGUGGCUUAUGGGUUCUGGAAUAUGAGUUUUCUUAGCCUUUACCGUUCAACACAGGUUCUUGCGGUGCUGUUAGGAGGAAUGUGCAUUAUGAAUUCCCACGCAUCAGCUGAACAGCUCACUAAAUACAUAUUAUACUGUGAGUGGUUGAUUUAUGCUACUUGGAGGGUGGUAGACAAUUCAUCAUCACUAUUGCAAUCCAUUGGAGCAAGUGAAAAGGUCUUCCAAUUAAUGGAUCUCUUGCCUGCUGAUCAAUUCUUCUCAAAAGGAGUGAAGCUGCAGAGACUAAUGGGAAAUAUCCGGUUUGUGAAUGUAUCUUUUCACUAUCCUUCACGGAUAACAGUACCUAUACUAGAUCAUCUAAACCUUUCUGUACAAGCAAAUGAAGUGGUUGCAAUUGUUGGUUUAAGUGGUAGUGGAAAAAGCACACUAGUGAAUCUUAUGCUUCGUCUCUAUGAGCCAGUAAGUGGACAGAUAUACAUAGAUGGUCUCCCACUCAAAGAGUUGGACAUCAGGUGGCUGAGAGAAAAAAUUGGAUUUGUUGGACAGGACCCCCAUCUUUUCAAUAUGGAUAUCGAGUCAAACAUUAAAUAUGGUUGCCCACGGGAUGUUGAAGAGGAAGAUAUAGAAUGGGCUGCAAAGCAGGCCAAUGCUCAUGAAUUUAUUUCAUCUCUUCAACUUGGGUACCAAACCAUUGUUGAUGGUAAUUUGCUUAGUGGGGGACAAAAGCAACGAAUUGCCAUUGCUAGGGCCAUCCUAAGAGACCCUGCAAUUCUUGUCCUGGAUGAAGCGACCAGUGCUCUGGAUGCAGAAAGUGAGUACAAUGUCAAGGGGGUUCUUCAUGCACUGAGAAAUGAAAGUAGAGCUAAAAGAACUGUCAUUAUCAUAGCCCAUAGGUUGUCUACCAUUAAAACCGCCGACAGAAUUGCCGUAAUGGACGGUGGUCGAAUUGUUGAGAUGGGUGACCACACUGAGCUUCUACUCAAGGGUGGGUUUUAUUCUCGAUUAGUCAGAGCCCAAGCAGAAUCCCUGGCUUGAUCCUAAAAUCCUAGGACAUAAAGUACUGGCUGUUGUGUUCUUCCCUCUUUUGCAGCCACUGUGUCCCUUAUCAUACGAUGGAAAAAAGAAAGGUGAAAAGGUAUAUGCAAAGUUCCAGUAUCUUCACUUUUAGUUACAACAAAACAACAAAUAACAAAAAAUACAGUUGUAGAAGAACAGAUGAAAGAGGAGCGAUGGGAUUAAGAUGUGAUCACUUGUUUCAUCAUAGAUUCUCAAGGGCUUCAGUGGAGAAAUCUCCUGGCUGAGGAACUUGCUGGUGAGGUAGGCCUUUCACUCCCUCACUUUCCUUCACUGCUUUCUUCCCACUUCUUUCCCUAGCAUCCAAAUUUUCCUUCUUUCGAGCUUCAUCAUCAACACCCGGUGGCUCAUCCACCACACCUUUAACUUCCAUAACCGUCUUGCCUUUCGUUUCGUUGCUGGUUUCUUGUUUCUGUUGCUUUCCAUGACCAACAAUUACCGUAGCUAACUUUUAAGAUUUGUUGGGCUUUUUAUAUGUACAAUUAAAUGUAUCUGGUUUUCAUCAAAUGGGUGGCAUUAGCCGUGCUUGAAGUGCAACACGUAUAGUGUUUUGGAGGCAGCUUUAACACGUGUCUUUGAGCCUGUUCUUCGAUUUCAUGCGCUGUAUACUCAUCCUAUGGCGUAUGCCAAAUGGCAAGUUUGCCUAGUGACCUUGGAUUGAACCGUGUGUCAAAGAUUGAAAACAUUUUGAUAUGCUAAAUCUUUCUUGGAGGA